UCACAAAUCUUCUCUCAUUCCCAACCACUCUCCUCCUCCUUCUUCUUCUUCUUCUUCUCUUCUCUCCCUUUCUUACUUUAGUCCCCUUAUCAUGUGAUAAACCUCUUUAAAUUUUCAUCUUUAACUUGAAACAAUAUGGGCAAAGCAUCCAAAUGGUUCAAAGCACUCUUCAGUUUCAAGAAACUUGACUCUUCUUCUUCUUCUUCAUCACUACAAAAUAAAUGGAGUGACGUUAAAUCCUACAGAGAUAAGGAUUUUCAACAGCGCCACCAUGAUCACCACCAUGAUAGAUCACACCACUACGGUGUCUCCACGUCAGUUCACGAUAGAAAUGACGUAGUAGUAGCGGAGACGGAUUCAAGAUCUAAAUUUGUGGACCCCACCAACAGCCCCGUCACGGUAGACGAGGUGGUGGAGCUGACAGCUAGUAGCGGUGGUACAGCAGCGGUGACGACGUGGAACGGUGUCGUUUUUAGUCGUAAAGAAUGGGCUGCCGUCGUGAUACAGUCAUAUUUCCGAGCUUAUCUG